GUGUUUCUUACGACGUUUUUUGAACGCGUGAUCGCAUGUUAUUUUUUAGACGAGUGAAAGAAUUUGUAUUUCCUCGAUAAUUGUCGUCGCGUUUGAGAAAUGUGUUUAUCUAGUGUACGCUCAUGUAAGAUUACUUAAAAUGAUCAGAAAAAUAGUGCAGUGUUACGUCUUCAUAUUGACUUUAUUGGAUAUAUCACUCAACACCAAAUUGACAGCCCAGGGAAAGAGCCAUGAUGUUACUGUGCACGAUUCCCUUUUAGAAGGGAUAACUUUUCAGGAAUGGGGCAAGGAGUCCCCUGCAGCGGACGCGGACACGGGCGGCACGGGCGAGGCGCUGCGGUUGUCGCCGGCGUCGCUGUCGUUCGGACGCGCCGCGCUGGCCGCCGCGCACCACCUCACCGUCACCGUCACCAACACCGCCAACACCACCGUGCAUCUCGCCUCCGUCGCGGGCACCACGCCUGACUUCCACGCUUCCUUCUUUGAAUCUAAGACUUUGCCACCGCAAGGGAACACGACGUUCAGUGUGGUGUACCUGGGGCGGCGCGAGGGGCCCGUGUCGGCGCAUCUCUACAUAUACACCUCGCUCGGCGUCCACAAAUAUCCCGUGCAUGCGACAGGCGUGGCCAGCGAGUGGGGCGUGUGGCCACUGGUGGGGCUCCGCGUGCCGCACGACGCCUCGCUCGAGCCGCUGCUGGAGCUGCAUAACCCCACCGAUCAGCCGGUGCAGGUGAAGGAAGUAUACUCGUCGGGUGCAUGGGUGUCGCUGUCCCUACCGGGUGGCGCAGGCGGGGUUGAGGCCGGGGCCGACGGACAGGGCGGGGCCGGGGCUCCGGGCGAGGCUUGGCGCGUGCCGCCGCACGAGACGCGCCCCAUCGUGCGCCUCAAGCUGCGCCCCUCCAUGGACCGCCCGAGACCCGCCUACAUCAGGAUCAAGGGUUCGUGUGUGGGCGGCCUGGCGGGCGGGCUGGUGGUCGGCGUGGAGGCUGUGGCCGCGGGCCCGGGGCCCUACCUGGCCCCGCCCCAGCUGCGUCUGCGGCUGCGGGGCUCCAGCGACCCGCCCGGCACGUGGGAACUUAUGGCGGGAAACAGUGGUGAAAGCGCCGUGGGUGUGGGCGGCGCCGUGUGGGGCGCGCGCUGCGAGCGUCGCCCGCCCGCCCUCCAGCCCCGACCCAGCCCCGCCCCGCCCUACGGCGACUCCGCGCCCAACCCAGCGCUCGCCGCGCGCGCUAACGGCGCGAAGGCCGAGGGCGUGUCGGUGCGCGCGCUGACCGGUCAGCUGGCGCCGCACCAGGCGCCCGUCACCGCCCUGCAGCUCACGCUUAACUAUGACCGUCUGUGGGCGUCAGUGGAGGGCGGGCCGGGGGCCGGGGAGGAUGGGGACGGGGCCUGGUGCUCGGGGUGGGUGGUGCUGGGGCCUGCCGCCAUGCCCUACAGUCUGCGGCUCCUGCCCGGCACGCUGGCCCUCCAGCCCACACAUCUACACAUAGUGACGUCGGAGGGCAACAUAAAGGAGCGCUCAGUGCGCGCGCGCAACGAUUUCUCCGUGCCUGUGCUGGUGCACGCCAUGCACUGCGGCCCACAGCUGCUGCAGCACUUCCAGUGUACAUCGCUGGGUCCCCUGGUCCUGGAGGCGGGCCAGCAGGCCACAGUGGGGCGGGUGGCUCCCUCCCCGUCGGCCCCUGGCCCGGGCCCGGGCCCGCCCCCGCUGCGUGACAUCAUCACGCUGCGCACCAACCUCACGGACUACACGCUGCCCGUGGCGGUGCAUAGCGGCGCCUUCACGCUGGAAUGGGAGUGGCCUAACAGCAAGCGCGGCACGCUGCAGCUCGGCAGCAUCGGGGCCCGCAGCACGCGGCGCAUAGGGCUGCGGCUCCACAACGCGGGGCCGGGGCCGCUGUGUGCGCGGUCAGUCCGCGCCGCUCUACCGCCCGCCUCCGCCUCCGUGUCGCUCGCGACCUGCCUCCACUAUCCGCAGCCGUCGCCUGACCAUGCCUGCCGGUGCGUGGAGGGCGGAGGCUGGCUGCAGGCGUGGCUGACGGUGGUGGCGGGGGCUGGGCCCGGGCCCCUCACCGGCUCGCUGGAGGUGGAGAGCCAGCACACCAGCCGGCGCUACCCCCUCACCGCACGCGUCACCGCCGGCCGCCUGGCCGCGCGCAUAGCACCCGCACCGCAGGCCGCGCCGUAUUUGAACUCGUGGGCAGCGCUGGUGGUGGACAACUCCAUGUCGCUCAGCGUGCGCCUGCUCGCCCUCACGCAGUCGGACGCGGACGUGCCCGUCGAGUUCCAGGUCGUGGGUUCGGGUCGUUUGCGGCGCGGCCGGCAGAUAGCAGGCCGCGUCCGGCUCGCGGUGGAGCACGCGUGUCAACCGCAGGACGCUGCCGACAACCGCACGCAUGACGCAAUCUCACCGCAGCCAUGCUACCUCGGCCUGGCGCUCGAUACGCCCGAGGGUUUGGCGUGGUUAGAACGUGGGCGAUUGGUGGACGCGGCGAGCAUAGAGCGAGAUGUGGCAGAGAUGGGCGGGCGCCGCGACAUGCUGGCCGCCCGCCCCCGCCCUCCGCCCGCCCUGCUGCAUCUGCACACCACGCAGGUGGUGCAGCUGCCGGUGCCAGUGCGGUUCUCGCUGCAGUGGCCGCGGCUGGGGCGCUGGCUGGCGGGCCCCGGGGCGCGGGGGCUGGCGGGCGGGGGGGUGCCGCCCAUCACGGGCCCCGGGGCGCCGCCCCUGACGGGCAGCGUGGGGGGUGCGCUGCCCUCGCGCGUGCUGCUCCGCAACCCCUGCAGCCGGCCCGUGCUGCUGCAGCCUGUGAUCCUGGCGCCGCCGGCAGGGGAUGCGCUGCCAGACAUACUGAAACCCUUUUGCUCUACUGAAGAGUGUGUAUUGAGCGCGGACGCGUUCAAGAUAACCUCGUGGCGAGUGCUGACUGGCACCGUGACGGGCGCGGGGGAAGCGUUCUCCCCGCGCGCGCCUAAAACGGAGGAAGGGAUCCCCACCGCGUUCCUGCUGCAGCCCCGCGCCGAGCUGGAGCUGGGGCUCACCUUCAGCCCCGCGAGAGCCGCGCCGCUGCUCUCCUACCUGUACCUGAGAAACAACUACACUAUCGUGGAGACGGUGCCGCUGUGGGGCCUCGGCGCGCACCCUAGCUUCGAGCUGGGCGGGCGCCGGCCCGGCUCCGCGGCGCCGCUGGUGUUCGAGCUGACAGAGUGCCCGCCCCCCGGCGUUGGGCUGCGGCGCCAGCUCCUCCUGCGCAACACCGGGCCCGUGCCGCUGCGCCUGCGUGACUGGCGCCUCGCCGGCCGCCCCUGCGCCGCGCGCGGCUUCCGUCUGCAGCCCUGCGGCCCGCUCGCGCUGCAGCCCAACCAGACGCGCGCGCUGCGCCUCGCCUUCCAUCCCGACUAUACGCUGGCGCGCGUGCCCGCCUCGCUCACCGUGCGCGCCGACGCCGCGCGCGCCGAGUUCCGCCUGCGCGCCGCCGCGCCCGCCCGCCUGCUGUACGCCUGCGCCGCCCAGCAUCCGCCUCCGCCGCCGCCCUUCGACCCGCCGCUGCGCGUGGGCGGCGCCGUCCUCGCGCUGGCCGCCCUAGCGCUGGUGGUGGCGGCCGCCGCGCUGGACGCGGAGCGGGCCCUGCGCCGCGCCCGUCACGCGCGCCCGCCGCCCGCCCCGCCGAUGCACGCCCCGCUCGACCUGCGCGCCGCCGCCCGCGUGCCUCUCGCGCCCCAGCCGCCCGCCCCCGCCCCGGCCCCGCCCGCCCGCCGCCGCCGCGCCCCUCGUCGCCCGCCCCCGCCGGACCCGCGGGCGCCACUGGCCGAGCGCCGCGCCUUCGAGCGGUGGCGAGCGGAGGUGCUGCGCCGCGCCGACCGCGCCGAGGAACACUCCGGCGAGGACGCCGCCGCGCCGCCCCCGCGCCGGACGCCCUCCCCGCCGGACGUUGAUCCGGAUCAUACGCCCGAGCUGGACGAGACAGGGCCCCCGUCCAGCGACGAGGCGGGCCGCUCGGGGGACUCCUCCGUCGGGUCGGACGAAUCGCCCGGCGAGGAGCCGGAGGAGCGCGACGACAGCGAACGGGAGACGCGCUCGGCGCCCGCGGAGCACCCGGCGGACGACCCUCCCGUUCCGGCGGAGCCGGAGACGGACCCGACCGGACGAAUCGUGGAGUACCGGAACGAGACGAGACCCCGCGAGCCCCCGCGGCGUCCCGAGCGGCGAGCGGAGACGGCGGAGGCCCGCGCGCGAGCUGCAGCAGCUCGGGCGCACGCUCGGCGCGCGGCGUGCGGGCGGCGGCGCGGGGGCGGAGAGCGCUCGACGGCGGGCGGGACGGGCGGCGCGGGCACGCCCUCCCGCAGCCCGCCCGCCCUGCCGCCUGCGCCGGAAAUGCGCGCGCCCGCCGCCCUGCGCUGGGGCGCGUCGUGGAGCGAAGUGGUGGCGGCGGGCGGAGCGCCAGCGGUGCCGGGCGGGGCGGCGGGGCCGCCGCUGCCCCCCAUCGGGUCGGACGUCCGGCGCCACCAGCACGCGGAGGAGCGCGCGGACCACUCGCUGUUCUACUUCAACGGCGAGCAGCCCCCGCCGCCGCCCCCCUCGCAGCCCCCGGAGCGGUUCCCCUGGCGCGCCCCGCCCGCGCUCGACCGCCCCCAGUAUCCCGCCCCCGUCGUGCACGACUACCUGAGCGAUUUCGACGAACAGAGCCCCGGCGCGUACGGGUCGGUGUGGGCGGGCGGCGCGUGGGCGUGGGGCGGAGGACUGGGCGUGCGGCCGCCGCCCGGGUUCAGCGCGGCGCCGGUCCCGGCCGCCCCCGCCCCGCACACCCCGCGUGCCUACGACCCCUUCCGCUCCCUCGCUGCCAUCUGGGCCCCCGGUGCAGGAGCCGGUGCCGGUGCCUUCGAUUGGAGGACCGCCGCCCCGCCCGCCCAAGCCCCGGACGAACCCCGUCCGCAACCGGACGAGUAGGCCCGCCCGCCCUCGCCCCGCAUCUAGUCGCGACGCUCCGGCGUCACCCGCUCGGUCGUCUCUCCGAAGACUGAAUAAACUUACGUUUCUGAGCACUAUUGGUUUCAUUGCAGUGCGAUUCACACUAUAUAUGCCGAUUGUGAACUUGGUACCGAGCCCUAGUAGGCUCCGUGAGAUUCGAUAAAAUCCGCGCGGACCUUAAUUUCGAUUACUGUAAAUUGACUUGCACUAUCUUCACAGCCGCCAUUGAGUUUGCAUCGUACUAUACCUACCCCUCGCAUUGAGAUCCUGUUCCCCCUUGUAGGGAGAAACUGGUAACCAUUGAUAUAAAACUGGUUACCCCCUCGUUUCACCGAGAAACAAUUCAUAUACUAGUUUUAAACAAAAUUUGUAGAAUACAUGUUGUGACCGUUCGAAACAUUACUUCGUUUACACUGCAUAUAAGUAGUAUCUUUAGGUGCUCUCCCACUAUCUGUGUUGUCGCGAACGAGGCCGCGCCGCGCAGGGUUGCCAAACGUAUGAUAACUCAAACAUUCAAGAUUUAGCAGUAUAUACAUGAUACUAUCUCGUACACUUUGAUAUGAAAUUUGAACAAUGUUGACUGUGCGUGUCAUGUAAAUUAAAUGAGCCACAGCCGAAG